AUGGGGUUUAGCAGAGAGAGAGAGAGGGAUGGCUCAUUGUUUAAACCCGGAGAAUACCGGUUCAUCAAGCGAAUCCAUGAUGACAUUCCUGAAAACAAGCCUAAAGGCUGGCAAGAUUUUGCAGAUUUUUACUCUCUUAAGAAAGGAGAUUUGCUAGUUUUUGAAUACAAGGGAAAUUCCAGGUUCUCUGUAUCCAUAUACAAGGAAAUGGACUACCCAGCUGGUAGUAUUGAUUCAGUAAGCAGUAACCAAUUUGGACACUUUGAGGAAGACAUGGAAGAUGAAGAUUAUCUAGAAUUCUUGGCUAAACUGCCAAAACAAAAACCAGAAGUGUCCUAUUCAUUUUCCAAGCCUGCUUCUGAUUCACCUAGCUGUAUGAUCAUAAAGAGCGGAAGAUCCAGGAAAAGGCUAAAAUCUUAA